AUACAAAACCAAUUUCACAGACAAACUAAUUGAUCAACUGAAAUGGCAGGAGCAGCCUCAGCUCUGUUCCUAUUAGACAUCAAAGGCCGCGUUUUAGUAUGGCGGGAUUAUCGCGGCGACGUCUCCUCCGUUCAGGCGGAGCGCUUCUUCACCAAGCUCAUCGAAAAAGAGGGAGAUCCGCAGUCUCAAGAUCCGGUUGUGUGUGAUAAUGGAGUUAGUUACAUGUUUGUACAGCAUAGUAAUGUUUAUCUUAUGAUCGCGUCGAGACAGAAUUGUAAUGCUGCUGGUUUGAUAUCGUUUCUUCAUCGCGUAGUUGAUGUUUUUAAGCAUUAUUUUGAAGAAUUAGAGGAGGAAUCGCUUAGAGAUAACUUCGUUGUAGUGUAUGAGUUACUUGAUGAAAUGAUGGACUUUGGAUACCCUCAGUAUACGGAAGCAAGAAUUCUCAGUGAAUUUAUUAAGACUGAUGCGUAUCGGAUGGAAACUACACAGAGGCCUCCUAUGGCUGUUACUAAUGCUGUCUCAUGGCGGAGUGAAGGCAUAAAUUACAAGAAGAAUGAGGUUUUCUUGGAUGUCGUUGAAAGUGUUAAUAUACUGGUCAACAGUAAUGGUCAAGUAAUAAGAUCAGAUGUUGUUGGGGCGCUCAAGAUGAGAACGUAUUUGAGUGGCAUGCCUGAGUGCAAGCUUGGCCUAAAUGAUAGAGUAUUAUUGGAGGCCCAAGGCCGUGCAACAAAGGGAAAGGCCAUUGAUUUGGAAGACAUCAAAUUUCACCAAUGUGUGCGUUUGGCUCGAUUUGAAAAUGAUCGGACAAUAUCCUUUGUACCACCUGAUGGAGCUUUUGAUUUGAUGACAUAUAGACUGAGCACUCAGGUUAAGCCUCUGAUUUGGGUGGAAGCUCAAGUUGAAAGGCACUCAAGAAGUCGUGUUGAGUUCAUGGUAAAAGCUAGGAGUCAGUUUAAAGAGCGCAGCACUGCAACAAAUGUUGAGAUCGAGUUGCCUGUGCCAACUGAUGCUUCCAAUCCUAACGUUCGUACAUCAAUGGGAUCUGCAUCAUAUGCUCCUGAAAAUGACGCUUUAAUGUGGAAAAUAAAAUCUUUUCCUGGUGGAAAGGAGUAUAUGCUAAGGGCAGAGUUCAAUCUUCCAAGUAUAACUGCUGAAGAAGCAACUCCCGAAAGAAAAGCUCCAAUACGUGUGAAAUUUGAAAUACCAUACUUUACUGUGUCUGGAAUACAGGUCCGGUACUUGAAGAUCAUUGAGAAAAGCGGUUACCAGUCUCUUCCAUGGGUGAGAUAUAUAACCAUGGGCGGGGAGUAUGAGCUUCGGCUUAUUUGAAACCGAUCCUCACUCGAGCAUUGUGGAUCGAUCUGGUAAAUUUAACUGAUGUGAAAUCACGGAGAAAGAAAAUUGAAUGGAUAAACAAAGAGGGAACUAACCUCAGCGAUCUUUUUUGCUUUUCGUUUGUGCAUCAUUGUUGUAGUAUUUUAUGGGUUUUGGUAAUACUGGGCUAGCAAAAAUUUGUCAACCACUUGUGCAAAAGAUAUACAUCAUUCCUUGUAAUUCAGAGAGAAUUGGAGCUUGUAUUUGAUUUAGUUUUUUUCUUUUGUUCUCAAUUUCAUUUGAAAUCAAAUUGAAAGCAUGAACAAUAA